CCGACGCACAUUACGUCAUGAGCUAUCUUACGCGAAUGAGAGUUGCGUUCGCUGAAUAGUGUGUGCAAGUGAGAUAUGUCACACAAGGUCUAGGCGACAAGAUAUGAUAUGAAUUGAUACACCAACGGUAUAAAUACAGUCCUAGGCAGCAGUAGCAGCAGCAGUUCCACUUCAAUCAGCAACAGCCUACCUAGUUAGUUGGUUACGUAGCUGAACCGCUGACAACUCUGCUCAUAGCCAGCGCCUAACGAGCUUUUGCUGCUUUUUCUCACUUGUGCUCUUCAGUUGAAAGCCAUCAGUAUGAUGCGUGUGUUCGCGUCGCUGAGUGUGGCCCUGCUGGCGGUCGUGCCGUCGCUCCUGGUGGCAGCGCCCGUGUCCGACUGUCCCCGAAACUCGGACCCCGACCAGCCCGUGUUCGUGGCCAGCGACCAGAGCUGCUCACAGUUCUACCUGUGCUCCAACGGACGGCCCAUCCUGCUCACCUGUCCCGACGGGCUCUACUUCAACGAGGACACGGACCAGUGCGACUUCAGGUUCAACGUCAACUGCACGGAGCCGGCCACCACCACCACCGAGGUACCGACCACCGAGGGACCCGUGUCGACCACCGAGGGACCAGUACCGACCAACGUGACCACCGAGGGACCUGUCCCUACCAACGUGACCACCGAGGGACCCGUCCCGACCAACGUGACCACCGAGGGACCCCUGCCGACCAACGUGACCACUGAGGCACCCGUCCCGACCAACUUCACCACUGAAGGACCCGUCUCAACCACCGAGGCACCCGUCCCGACCAACGUGACCACCGAGGCACCCGUCCCGACCAACGUGACCACCGAGGCACCCGUCCCGACCAACGUGACCACCGAGGCACCCGUCCCGACCAACGUGACCACCGAGGCACCCGUACCGACCAACGUGACCACUGUAGUGCCUAUCCCGACUACCGAUAACACUGCAACUACUCAAUUUUAGUAAAGAUAUUGCUACAGCCUUACGCCAUUUGAUAUUAUCUGGUCGUUGUGUUUUUUUCUUUGUUUAGUAAAUGACAGCUUGUCGCGAUGCAUAAAAUGUCAUUAUUCCUCAAGAAUAACUGGCACUGAUGGGCUGUUUUUAAUGUGAAUGCUGCAGCUGACCUAAUGCAUUAUUUUGAUAUAUUAGCUGUUUGUUACACUAUCCUAUUUGCAUGAAUAUAUUUAAAUAAAUAUGUGACAAGA